AGUUGUUGCAAACCGCAGCCAGGGAGCGGCAGUCUUGUGCAUUCGCGAUGGUCAUGGUUUCUGAUAACUACAGGAUUUCCAGGGCAGAGCCUUGGUCUCUGCUUAUCUAGCCCGGGUUCCCCCACAGGUCAGAGCAGCGUUGGGCGGGGCCAAGGUUGACUCCUACUGGGAGGAGCCGGGAUGCCGCUCCCGCGGUGAUGCAGAGGGGAAUUUGCUGACAGUCCCUUGCCAGGUGGAGCUGGCUUUACCAGGCCGCUAAAAAGAAGGAGGAGGAGGACCCACCCGCAGUCUCCUCUCAGAGCUCUGGAGGAACCACUUUAGUCGUCAAGAACUGGUGGAAGACUGUAGGGUCACUUGGAAGCAUCUCUUCGCAGAGACUGGUCGAGAACUGGAAGGACCAGGGGCAAGCCUUUCAACCUGAGCUCUCACCAACACCUGCUGCCCCAGCAAAGUUGUCGCUGAGUGGGUGCCUCAGAUCUGACGUGGACUUUCCCUGGAGAGCUGCCUCAGAGUGGGGAGCAGUCCCAGAGUCUGACUGAGACCUUCUGCCUGACUGGGAGCCUCCGUGUGCCCAGGAUGUCUGCCUCUCCAGACAGCGUGGGCCAGAAGUUUCGAAACAUGACGGUGAAUGAGUGCUUCCAGUCCCGGAGCACUGUCCUCCAGGGGCAGCCCUUUGGGGGGAUACCCACUGUGCUCAUACUCAACAUCAUCUUAUGGGUGUUCGUUGUCCUGCUUUAUUCCUUCCUCCGGAAAGCUGCGUGGGACUACGGGCGGCUGGCACUGCUGAUACACCAUGACAGCCUGACCUCGCUGAUCUAUGGAGAGCAAAGUGAGAAGUCAUCUCCCUCAGAGGUUUCUUUGGAGGCGGAACGCAGGGACAGGGGCUUCUCUUCCUGGUUCUUCAACAGCCUAACCAUGAGGGACCGGGACCUGAUCAACAAGUGCGGGGAUGAUGCGCGCAUUUACAUCACGUUCCAGUAUCACCUCAUCAUCUUUGUGCUCAUCCUCUGCAUCCCCUCCCUGGGCAUCAUUUUGCCUAUUAACUACAUUGGAACUGUUCUGGACUGGAACAGUCACUUUGGUCGGACCACCAUUGUCAAUGUCUCUACAGAGAGCAAGUUCCUGUGGCUGCAUAGCCUCUUCGCGUUCUUGUACUUCCUCAUCAACCUCGCCUUCAUGGGUCAUCACUGCUUGGGAUCUGUGCCAAAGAAGAGCCUCCACUUCACGAGGACACUGAUGAUCACCUAUGUACCCACUGAAAUCCAGGAUCCUGAGAUCAUCAGCAAGCACUUCCAUGAGGCCUAUCCUGGGUGUGUGGUGACCAGAGUCCAUUUCUGCUAUGAUGUCAGGAACCUGAUUGACUUGGAUGAUCAAAGGCGCCAUGCCAUGCGGGGCAGGCUGUACUACACGGCCAAGGCUAAGAAGACUGGGAAGGUGAUGAUCAAGACACAUCCCUGUUCCCGCCUGUGCUUCUGCAAAUGUUGGACCUGCUUCAAGGAGGUAGAUGCGGAGCAGUACUACAGUGAGCUGGAGGAGCAGCUGACAGAUGAGUUCAAUGCCGAGCUCAAUCGUGUCCAGCUGAAGAGGCUUGACCUGAUCUUUGUCACCUUCCAGGAUGCCAGGACAGUGAGACGCAUCUAUGAUGAUUACAAGUACAUCCAUUGUGGCAGACACCCCAAGCAGUCUUCCGUCACGACCAUCGUCAAAAACUACCACUGGAGGGUUGCUCAUGCCCCUCACCCCAAAGACAUCAUCUGGAAGCACCUGUCCAUCCGCCGCUUCAGCUGGUGGACUCGCUUUAUCGCCAUCAAUACCUUCCUGUUCUUCCUCUUCUUCUUUCUCACCACGCCUGCCAUCAUCAUCAACACCAUCGACAUAUACAAUGUCACCCGCCCCAUUGAGAAAUUGCAGAGCCCAGUGGUGACUCAGUUCUUCCCCUCUGUACUGCUCUGGGCCUUCACUGUGACAAUGCCUCUGCUGGUCUACUUAUCUGCCUUCCUAGAGGCCCACUGGACGAGAUCAAGUCAGAACCUGAUCAUAGUACACAAAUGCUACAUCUUCCUGGUGUUUAUGGUGGUCAUUCUGCCCUCCAUGGGGCUGACCAGUCUGCAUGUGUUUUUACGGUGGCUCUUUGAUAUCUACUAUCUUGAACAUGCGACCAUCAGGUUCCAGUGUGUGUUCCUUCCAGACAACGGCGCAUUCUUCAUCAACUACGUGAUCACAGCGGCUCUGCUCGGGACAGGCAUGGAGCUGAUGCGCCUGGGGUCACUCUGCACGUAUUGUACCCGCCUCUUCUUAUCCAAGUCAGAACCAGAAAGAGUUCACAUCAGAAAGAACCAAGCCACGGAUUUCCAGUUUGGACGAGAGUAUGCAUGGAUGUUGAACGUCUUCAGUGUGGUGAUGGCAUAUAGCAUCACUUGCCCUAUCAUUGUCCCGUUUGGGCUGCUGUAUCUGUGCAUGAAGCACAUCACAGACCGCUAUAACAUGUACUACUCCUACGCGCCCACCAAACUCAACGCGCAGAUCCACAUGGCCGCUGUCUACCAGGCCAUUUUUGCCCCACUCUUGGGGCUCUUCUGGAUGCUCUUCUUCUCCGUCCUGCGAGUAGGUUCCUUCCACAGCAUCACCUUAUUCUCCAUGUCUUCCCUCAUCAUCUCCGUGGUCAUUGCCUUUUCUGGUGUUUUUCUGGGGAAGCUCCGGAUUGCCCAACGGUAUGAGCAGCCUGAGGAAGAAACAGAGACUGUGUUUGAUGUGGAACCAAGCAGCACCACCUCCACUCCCACCUCCCUUCUGUACGUGGCCACCGUGCUACAGGAGCCAGAGCUGAACCUGACCCCCGCCUCCUCCCCAGCCCGGCACACCUAUGGCACCAUCAACAGCCAGCCAGAAGAGGGAGAAGAGGAGAGCGGUCUGAGGGGCUUUGCAAGGGAGCUGGACUCAGCCCAGUUCCAGGAAGGGCUGGAACUGGAGGGCCAGAGCCACUGAUGAGGACUCCAGUCCGGGGGGCAAGGGGAGAGAGCCUGGCAGGGGGAGGCAGGAAGGAGCUCCCUCCCACAGACUUUGGGCAGCUUCUGAUGGAGACAUCUGCCACCCUUGUGGCCCUGUGAAGAGCCGAGUCCGCUGACCAGCCAGAAAGGGCACGAUGGGGUGGAGGAGGUUUACACCAUGUUUCUGGGAGCGGUAUCUAAAGCCCAGGACACAAGAGACUGUCUGCUGUGUGUCUCACUGGGAUCAAGCCGAUGCGAGUGUGCGUACCGGAAGAGGCAGGAUGAAGCCCACUGACGGCUUCCUGGGGGAUUCACCAUCCCUACUCCAGCUGCCCAUCAAGGAUUGCUCCAGACCCCUAUCCUCCACUGCAGUCUGAGCAGGAAAAAGGUAUGUGCACUGGGCCUUGUGAACCAGGCAUCGGUGGCGGUCUCGUCAGGUUUCCCUACAGAGCAUCUAGAAACUCUGUACCUCACCCUCUGCUCAAGGGGUGGCUGGGACAAGCCUGGGAAGUGACUGAGGCCUCCUCAGCUUCUCUGCUCUGCUAUCUACUUAUCAUGGUAGCUGGGACGGCUACUCAGGCUCAUUAAAGGAGACCUACAUGCAUGUGGUAGAGGAAACCAUGCUGAAUCCUUGCUGGUUGAUUUAAGGGUGUGUGUGUGUGUGUGUGUGUGUGUGUGUGUAGGGGUGGCAUCGAGGAGUUCAGGAAACAAGGUCUUCUCUCCAAAAUGGCCAUGGAAAUCAGACACACCUCUCUCAGGCCCAAGGAUAAAUGAAAAGACCCCCAGAGCCAAGAGGUAGCCACCAAGACACCCUCUGCCCCGUGUAUGUGAGGGCUGUGCUCUAGCAUGGCCAAGAGUGGUGACAGUGCAGGCUGCAAACUGAAGGCACUGGCCAUCCCCUACCCUCAGAAGGACUCUUCCUCUUUCACACUGCCGUGCCUGGCCUCUAGUGUGAUAUUGGCUCAGGAAUUACGGCUGCUUCGCACAGUGGUGGUGUCACCCCAGUCCUAACAGGGUUACUCAGGGGAGGAGUGAUGGAUGACCCCCCCCCCCACGGAGAAGACCCUUCUUCUGAUGGGCAAGCCUCUGGCUGGAGGAGCAAGCCCCUGAAAUGCUCAGCACCUCUUUCCCCUCCUGAGGUGUUUCAACUUCUGCCUCUUAAGAUUAUCAUGGAGCCCGGGCCACCUGAACCAAGGGGUCUGUAACCCCUGAAGCUCCUCCCCAGAUAUCUGGGUUCUUCCUUGCUGCCCAUUCACUGCAGGUGUGUCCAGGCUCCUUCAGCUCCAAGUGUCUACACCCAUGGCUGCCCUGAAAACAGGUCUCUUGGCCAGUCUCUGCUCCAUCUCUGUCACACCCCAGCCACGUAGGCAGUUCCAAGCUUCAUCCAGGGCAGAAACAGUUGCUCAAGGAGCAGGUAGAGUCACACCCCAGGACUUGGCCCCAGACGCUAGCAUAGGUGAUCUUUGCUGAGAGCUUGAGGCUGCCUCUAGUCCGGGUCAAGCUUGGAAUAAAGGUAGAACUAUCGUCAGUCAGGCCCUUAUGCACUCCAGUACCCCGAGGCCCUCACCCCGGGGAUUUCAUCAACGAGGGGAAGAACAUCUUCCUAGCUGAGUGGUCAGGCCCAACAUCUAGCUCUGCUCAAAGUGGGGAGUUACAGUCUACCCCCCACCCCACCCCCCACAUACACAGAGUGUAUUUGGUAUGUAGUGAUUUGGAAUGCAACCAGAACCUAGAUCGGGGCCUCUUCUCUGGGUGCUGCUUGCUGGCACCUGCCCCAGAUCCCUGCAGCCCUCUCUGCUGCUGCUGGCCCUCCCUCCUACCCUGACCCACUGUAGCCCAUGGAAGCUUCAGGUACAAGGGGUCCUGUAGACCGCAGGGCAGGAUGGCUAGAGGGCCUUUCCCCCUCUGGAUCUGGAUCAGAUGCAGCCUGGUUCUGAUGCCAACGUUGGGCAAGUGGUAGAUCCCACUCUGCUCUUCCAGGCAUGUCCGACUGGCUAGACCUUGAGUUUGCAAGGUCACUAGAGGCCCUCCUCGGCACCGGCUGUCCCAGCCUACUGGUCAUCACCCCACCCUGGCCCCAUGCUCAGUCCAUCCCUUUGAUCCCUUCUGGAGGGCGAUGUCUCCCAGGAGACCCGGAAUGACACAGAACCUCCCAGAGUGGGGGACUCUUAACUGGGCUUAGAGCAGCCUCACCCCUGCCUGCCUGUCCCUAAGCCGCCUCUGGAAGCAAAGUGCCUAUCAACAGCAUUGCAUCCUCGGGGGAGGGGGGCCGGAGGGGUGUGGACUAACCACGGCUACUACCACUAAAGAAUGUGCCAGAAUGCUGAACCUUCUUGUUAUUCAUGUAUGACUGUGCCUUGAAUAAACGAGCCCUCCU